AUGGCAACCGAAAAAGCGGCCACAAAGAUGCCCGGGCGUAGCGAGAAGGGCAAAGGCGGCAUCGAGCUCUACUCACCCACCUAUUUCGGUGCUUGCGCGUUGGGAGGAAUCAUAUCCUGUGGUCCUACUCACACAUCCGUUACACCCCUCGACCUAGUAAAAUGCCGCCGCCAAGUCGACUCCAAAAUCUACUCCUCUAACGUCAGCGCCUGGCGCACCAUCUACAAAGCCGAAGGCCUCCGCGGCGUCUUCUUCGGCUGGUCUCCCACCGCCGUCGGCUACUCGUUCCAAGGUGCGGGCAAAUAUGGAUUCUAUGAAGUAUUCAAAUACACCUACGGCGACAAGAUGUUCCCGAAUGCCAACAAAACGGUCGUCUAUCUCGCGGCGUCAGCAUCCGCAGAGUUCCUUGCGGAUCUCGCGUUGUGUCCGUUUGAGGCGAUCAAAGUUCGGAUGCAAACGACCAUUCCUCCCUUUGCCAGCACGCUGCGGGAAGGCUGGGGCAAGGUGACGGCGAAGGAGGGCACUGGAGGGCUAUACAAGGGUCUCUACCCGCUUUGGGGCCGGCAAAUCCCAUACACGAUGGUGAAAUUUGCGACCUUUGAGACGACGGUCAAUUACAUCUACGCUACGCUGGGGAAGCCAAAGGAGACCUACAACGCCCUGCAACAGACUGGAGUGAGUUUCUUGGGUGGGUAUAUUGCGGGUAUUGGAUGUGCGGUCAUCAGUCACCCGGCGGAUGUCAUGGUUAGCAAGUUGAACGCUGAUAGGCAAGCCGGCGAGGGCGCUGGAAAAGCCAUGUCGAGGAUCUACGGCAAUAUCGGAUUCAAAGGUCUCUGGAACGGUCUGCCAGUCAGGAUUGCUAUGAUUGGUACUCUGACCGCGUUCCAAUGGUUGAUCUAUGACAGUUUCAAGGUCGUCUUGGGGCUGCCUACGACUGGAGGUCAUUAA